CAGCAUCAGUAAAAAUGUCUCGAUCUUUUUCGAAGGAUGUUCAUGAACGAGCUCGCUUGAAAGCACAAGCACGCAUUUUAGAAUGGGUGGAACAAACAAAAUCUGCAGGAAUUACUCGCCUUCAUGAUCGAUAUGGAGAAGUUUUCAAACGAGUCGAAUACAAGAGUAUUGAGAACAAUGCAAAUAAGGCUUCAAAUGAAGAACCCAACAAACAACAAUCAAAAGAGAAAUCUAAGGCCGAACAAAAAGAUACUAUAGCUCCAGAUACCCGUAAGACUCCAGAGCGGUGUAAAAGCAGGCAGACCCCAGAUUCUAGGAAAUGGAUGCAACAGGACAACCGCAGUUCCCAUAAUCGGAGCUCUAGGGCUGGGUUUACCAGCGUCUGUAGUGUAGAAGCAGUGUCGCUCCUGUGUGAUGAUGAAACAGCAAAGAACUGCGAGUCUUCUUUUAAUCUAGAUCAUGUACUAGAUGGGAAAGUGCCAAGAAAAUUCAAACACGAUAGGGACUCCAUUCGAAUCAUACGCGGGACUGCAAAAUUUAAACCAAAAACUUACAGAACGAUUCAACAGAAGAAGUUGUAUGACAGUUGCGAAAAAUGUAAUGUGGUCCGAGAGUCUGAUAUUGAUCAAAGUCUCAAAAGGAUUAGAAGACAAAGUGUUUUUCGAAGAAAGCAGAAGCAAAAACACCAACCAAAGAAAGGAGGAGAGGACAAGGGUCCCUUCUACGUCAUCACAUCAUCAGAAGGCGUGGAACUGAAAAGAUCCUCGACCACGACAGUCCAGCGCCACACCCAUUCCAGAUCCGGGUUACUGCCCCAGCUAAAUGAGAUUUGUGCUAGUGACACGGAGCUCCCUACGAGCUUGCGCACGGCAUCGUCCUUGGCCAUCGGAACUGAACAUUCCGAAGAUAUUGUAGCAAGGCCGAUUUCAGCGACCAAAAUCACUCAACAUACAAUACCUAUUUUACCAACAUUGCGUCGAGUGAAGUCGGGUAAGAAAAAAUGCAAAGCGGAUCCCCAACAACCUGUCAAAGUCGAAUAUAUCAAGCCGACUCAUUACACACUUAAAAGAUACAUCAGAAAAAUAAUGAAUGUAUUACAUCUGCUGAGGGUAACAAGACAAAAGGUCAAAGUGGAUCUCCUUGCCGAAUGCCAAAAUCAAAAGCGACAAGAUGAGAGAAAGUCCAAAAAAGAGCAUUUGACGUUUGAUCCUAGUUAUUUCAGAGCGGCCACAACAACUUACGGGGGAUUGUCGACCAGCGCUAGAACCGCUUUGUGGAAGCCAAUCGGUCACAGAACUCCAGAUGAUGUUCGAAUCCUUACUGAAGUUAUAUAUCGUUUGCCGUUUUUCACCAAGUACUCCCGCUCUGUGAAGGAAAAACUGGCACAGGUAGUCUGGUACGACCAGUUUGAAAAUGACAGGAUCAUAAUACGGCAAGGAGACUUGGGAUCCAGAAUGUAUUUCGUCAUAUCCGGUUAUGCAUCCGUGCAAAGAACCGACAUAGAUCCUAGAACUAACUCCAAAAUCAUCCAGCACCUGUACGACAUCAAUGCAGGGUCCACCUUUGGAGAACUGGCUUUGAUUAGAAACAUGGUUCGAAAUUUUACGGUGAUUUGCAAAGGCGACUCGGAAUUUCUUAGUUUGAGCAAGGGUGAGUUUAACUCGAUAUUGAGAAAGGAUUACGAAGAUUCCUGGAACAAACGGCUGGAUUUCUUUCAGAAGUCAGUCUACUUUGAAAAGAUGUCAGAAGAUCAAAAGCGGCAGAUGGCGGAUAUGUCAGAAAUCCGGGAAUAUUCCAAUAAUCGGGUGAUCCACGGAGACGUUCCCGGGCUGACCCAUCACGUCUACUUCAUCAACGCAGGAAAAUGCGAGAUAGUCAAAAAAGUGGGAUUUGUGCGCUGUGUGUCCCCCUUUUUGCGACCGGAUCUCAUUUUACAGGGGUCAAAGUCUGAUAAAGCCGACCCCAAGAAGUUUCUGAACAAGCCCUACGGCCGUCGUCUGCGUCGCCUCACCCCCGAGGAUCACUUCCUGACAGUACUUACGCUUACCGCAGGGGAGUACUUCGGUGUUGGUGAGGAUCUUACUGACACUUUUAUCAUAGCCAAGGGAAAAGUAGAGAUUAUCUCCCUUAACGCGGUUACUUUCAGUUUAAAUUACACGGUCAUUCAAUCGAUGCGAGAUAAUCGGAAAAACCUCAUACCCUUAACCGAAGAACUGGCAAGGCGAUUUGAGAAGAACAGAAAGUGGAUGGAGUACAAAAGGAAAGUCAUUGAUGAUAUUGUUAAAUGGAGGAAAAAGACCAACUGUGCUACCUACCAAGAUGUCCCGGAGGCCAUGUUGAAAGAACCUUCAAUUCCACUGGAUCUCAUCAACUACAAAAUGUUUCACUAGUCAGAGAAGCCACACGCAAUCUCAAUACAAUGUAUUACAUUAAUCUGGAAUAUUACGUCUAUUAAUUAUAUACUACAUGUAUAAAUAAAUUUUGAUUUUGCAUACAGAUACUAGUAUACUGUAUACCACUAUAGAGCAAAAUUGUUUUCAAUUUUGAUUUAAGCAUUCAGCAUAUCUAAAAAAUAAUUAAAUCUUUUUAUACAUCAAAUUUCUGAUCAGGAACACUCAAACAUAAAUUUGUUGUUCAUUAAGAAUCUAUUUAAAAUGAAUAAAAAAAUAUUACAGCAUGUGAAAAUAUU